GGUUUACGGCAGCCCGCCAUUUUAUUCCGUGCUGACGGUAACAUUAAGCUAGCAGCUUGCACACAGUCAGGUAUUAUUGUGAGCACGCGCUGGGCCGGUGUUUCACCUGGAGAUUGAAAAGUAAACGUCAAAGAGAAGUGUUCCCGGAGACCUGCAGACACAGCUCGGUCCUUCCCCCGGUCCAUGGUCUAACUCUGUGUCACCGCAGCGGAGGAGAGAAGGUGAAAGAUGACGCAGUUUCUACCCCCGAACUUGUUGGCAUUAUUUGCCCCUCGGGACCCCAUCCCCUUCCUGCCCCAGCUGGAGAAGCUGCCCCACGAGAAGCACCACAACCAGCCGUACAGCGGCAUCGCUCCGUUCAUCCGGCACUUCGAGGACCCCAGAGAUGCACCCCCUCCCACCCGAGCAGAGACCCGAGAUGAGCGGCUGGAGAGGAAGAGACGAGAGAAGAUUGAAAGGAGACAAACUGUGGUGGAGACAGAACUGAAGCUCUGGGACCCCCAUAAUGACCCCAACGCUCAAGGGGAUGCCUUCAAGACCCUGUUUGUUGCUCGAGUGAACUACGAUACGACAGAGUCCAAGCUUCGCCGUGAGUUUGAGGUCUAUGGUCCCAUCAAACGGAUUUACAUCGUGUACAACAAGAGGACGGGGAAACCUCGAGGCUACGCCUUCAUCGAGUACGAGCACGAGCGGGACAUGCACUCCGCCUACAAACACGCCGACGGGAAGAAGAUCGACGGCAGGAGGGUGCUGGUGGACGUGGAGCGAGGACGCACCGUGAAGGGAUGGCAUCCCCGCAGGCUAGGCGGCGGUUUGGGAGGCACCAGGAGAGGCGGAGCUGAUGUCAACAUCAAACACUCCGGCCGAGACGAUGCCUCACGUUACGACGAUCGACCUAUUGGAGGUGAUCGAGAACGAGGAGAACGACCAGAGCGACCAGAGCGAGGAGAGCGGAGGGAGCGCAGCAGGGAGCGUGACCGGGACAAGGACAGAGAGCGCCGGAGGUCCCGGUCCAGAGAACGCCGCCGGCGCACUCGCUCCAGGGAGAGGGAGAGAGUGGCUCCAGGAGCAGAGGAAGCUGGGGGUGGUGGUGGUGGUGGGGGGGGUGGUGGCGGCGGCGGCAGUGGUGGGGGUGGUGGCGGCGGUGGCAGCAGGCGCAGAGAGCGAGAGAGGGAGCGGGGGGGAGCUGCAGGAGGAGACAGCAGGAGCAGGGAGAGGAGUAGAGAACGGAAGAGGAGGAGCAGGAGCAGAGAUCGUAAGAGAGACAGAGAGAGAGGGAAGGGAGUGGACGGGGAGGAGGUGGGGGGAGGAGAGGGGCCUCCUGAGGGGGGGGAGAGGAUGCUGGAGGAGAAUGAAGGGGAGGUGGGCGAGGGAACAGAGGAGCGCAGGGACCGGGACAGGGAGCGGGACCGCCGACGCAGCCACAGGGACAGAGAGCGCCGCAGGGGAGACCGGGACAGAGACCGGGAGCACAAGAGAGAGAGGGGGGGGGAGAGAGAGAAGGGCGAGCGUAGGGAGGAGCGACACGGCGCCCUGCGAGACGACAUGGGCCCUCAGGAUGACGGUGGCACGGAGGAUGAGGGCGGGGCACCUCCCAACAUGGAGGAGUACAGUGAGGACGGUAUGAUGAUGGGGGAGCAGGAGGAGGCGCCAUCGGCUGACGGAUACGGCUCCGGGGAGAACGGAUACAAGGUGGAGGCGGCGGGAGAUGAGUACUGAGUUCCCCCCUCACAAAUAAGUUCAUUCAUACUGAUACAUUCAUACUGAUACUGAGACCCCCCCCUCACUGAUAGGAUCAUUCACACUGAUAAAGACCCCCCCUCACAGGAAGGUGUAUUGAUACUGAGCCCCCCUCCCCCACAGAUAGGUUCAUUCAUACUGUUGAUUAAGGGGGGGGGGUAUUUUUAAAGUUCACUGCUCCCAGCUGAUUGGAUCGUGUCCACUCGGCGUUCUCAGAUCGGUGAUGAUGUCGUCUUAUUUUCCUCUCGGCUCGUGAUGAAAUGUAAACACGCGCUCGUUCGGUCUUUGAUUUUGAGACGUGUUUCUGCUCUCUGUUUGUGAAAUAGAAGGAACGUGUUAUGAUCGUGACCAUGAGGCUGUUCUGUUUAUUCAUUCUGGAAUAAAUUCUUUUUUUUAAUUA